AUGGCUGACAUUGACAUGGCACAAAUGAGUAACAAUAACAAGAAGCCAGAACAAGAAAAGCAUGAAAAGUUCCCAGUUUUAACGGUGCUCAAGAACAACGCCGUUCUCAAGAACAUCUUCAUCCUACGCGACGACGACAACGACGAUCAGACGGUCCUGAUUGGGCGACACCCUGACUGCAACAUCGUCCUCACGCACCCUAGCGUGAGCCGCUUCCACCUCAGGAUUCGCUCCAACCCUUCUUCCCGUACUCUUUCUCUCGUUGAUUUGGCUUCUGUGCAUGGUACGAGGGUGCUUGGGAGGAAGCUGGAGCCUGGGGCGAGUGUGGAAUUGAAGGAAGGUGACACCUUCACUGUUGGGGUUUCCUCUAGGCUUUAUCGUCUCAGCUGGGUCCCUCUUACCCAAUUGAAUGUCUAUGUGCCCCAACAACAAGCAAAAGAAGAUGAACACGGAGAGAUAAUCAAGGAUGAGAAUUUGGAAUAUACUGUGGAAGAAGAGAUUCCGGUGGCUGAAGACAUUAUUUCUCUUUGUUGUGAUGACGAGAGCAAGAAUCAUUCUAAAGAUAAGGGAUUGGCAGUUAUCAAUGGAACUGAAACAUCGUGUUUUCAUACAAACUCUGGUGGGGAAUAUAUACUUUGUGAGUGUCAAAAUACUGUUUUAUCACCCCCACAUAUACAAUCACCCCCUCACCCCAAAUCAGUUGAUGAAUUUGAUAACACCGAGAAAAUUGAAGCUUGUCCUAAAGUGGAGAUGCCUGAAGAAACUAAUUUGCUUUGCACAUUGAGAGAGUAUUUGACACAAAACAUAUGUCUACCUGUUGUGGAAGCAGUCCAGGGGACCAAGAUGCAGCAAUUUCAAUCCCCACAUGGUACUUUUGCAAAACAGCCACCUUCUUUGGAAAUGCAUUGGUCCAGCUUGUCUACAAAUGCCGAUCCUGCGUCUUUUGAUGAAAGGUUUGUUGAUGCAGUGGCUGUAAUACCUACAGAAUCGGAGUUUGGAUGCACACAUGGAGAUACUGACAAGGUUGACGAUAUUUUAAUUACUGGACCAAGAACUUUCAAUUCUGAGAACACGUGUUUGAUAGUUGACAAAAAUAUUCCAGAUUCUGAAUUUCAUCAAAUGGAAGUUGUUGAAGAAUUUUCUGUGGAUUCAGUACCUGAAGGAGAAAAACAAGGUGAAAUGCAUUGGUCCAGUUUGCCUACAAAUAUUGACCCCGAAUCUUUUGAUGUAAAAGAUGUUGCUGCAAUACCUACAGAAUCUGAGUUUGGAUUCACACAUGGAGAUAGUGACAAGGUUGAAAAUAUUCUUACUUCUGGACCAAGAACUUCCAAUUUUGAGAACAAGUGUUUGAUAGUUGACAAAGAUAUUCCCGAUUCUGCAUUUCAUCAAAUGGAAGUUAUUGAAGAAGUUUCUGUGGAUUCAAUACCCGACGAAGAAAAAUGCAUGGAAGAGUACACGUCAAAGUUGCAGGAUCUGAGUGAAAAAACUUGCUGUGAGGAAGGGUACUCACUGGAUGAAAUAGUUGAAGAUAAUGGAAAUAAAUGCAUUAAAAACAUAGGUACUGCACCUUCUAAUGAAAAGAGCUUACCUGUAGUGACUCUAAUACCCACAGAAUCUGAAUUUGGAUACGCACUAAGAGAUAAUGAAAAAAUUGAAGAUAUUAUAGAAAUGGAGUCACAAAUUAUCAAUCGUGAGAACACAUCCUUGCUAGAUGAAGAAGUUAUUCCUGGUUCCAAAUUUCAACUAAUCAAUGUUGUUGAAGAUGUUUCUAUGGAUUCAAUAUCUGAUGGAGAAAAAGAAGAUAAAUGUGGCAAGGAGUUGGAGUCAAAGUUGCACGCUUCCCUGAAUGCUAAAUCCUGUCAGGAACCUGGUAACUCCCUGGAUGAAAUAGCUGAAGAUAAUGGAAAGAAGUGUGCAAAGAGCAUCUCCCCCAUGUCAUUCCGAGUAGAAUCUCCAAAUUCUUCAAUGUCUCAGGAAGUUGUUUCAAACAUUACAGCUAAGAACCAGACCCCUCAACCUCUCACCGUGGUGACAGAAUGCUCUGGAGGGGAGUUACUUGAAAAAUACGUAGAACCAACAGAGAAAAGUUCAACCUUUGGCAGCAUUUGGUCAAGAAAGUGUAAGGCUGCUAGUGCUCCCCAAGUUCGAGCCGGAAAGAGUAGAUUUAUGAGCACAUCUAAGCUUGGCACCGAAGUUAAAAAGAGUAAUGUGAAAGAUGUCAUAAAUAAAUCAAUGCCAAAGGAUCUUUCCUCUGUUUUUGAUGUGGAAGAAAUUUAUUUUACUUCAAAUAAGGAAAACCUAAGCUCAAAUACCUAUCACGUGCAGCUCAUGAGGAAGAAAGGUAAGCUAGAAGAAAUUAAGCUUCCCACGUCACGAAGAUCACCGAAUUUGAGUUGUUUUAGUCGCAGCAUUUCAAACAAAGGGAACCGGUCUACAAAAGUACCUCAAGAAUUGAAGUCACAAAGAAAGCCUCUUAAAUGCCUUAUCAACUCGGUUUACGAGCAAGAUAUGCUGGAAUCGAAAAAGAAAUCAGUGACUAUUUCUGCUGCAGAAAGUAUGGAUGAAUCCAGUAUUUGUGGGCAGAUUUCAAACAAGUGCACUAAACCUUCUCAACAUACUAGUAGAGAACAAAAGAGGAGCUGGGACAUGGUUGUAGACACUCCUUCUCUUCUGAACAAGGAGUCAAGAAAAGCUUUGCAGCUUUUACAAGGUCUCAAGGGGACUCGUUUAAUCAUUCCAAGAUCGGGUAAUGAGUUUUAG